UGGAGAAGCAAUCCGACUUGGCUGUGUCGUGAUCUGGCACAGCUGGAGCUCUCGAAUCGAAGCAACAACAGUCAUGCUCACUUGGAUCAUAAUUUGUUUGCUUCACCAGCAAUGCGGCAAACUCGAGGCAGCAGCAUCACCAUUACCCCACACACUUGAAACCGAUUGAAGCGUGCACUGGCAGAGGUCGGAGAUGGCCUGUUGUUGAAUCUAUCUAGGUCAUUCGUUGUUGCACUGCGAGAUUUGGUCCCAUGCUGCAAUUGAUACAUCCCACUUCUCGACUGCUUGAUCACUCGCUUCUUCAUUCGUGAGCUCGUUCUUGCCACUGUUUGAGAUUCGUCGUGAGAGGAACCGUGGGUGUUGGUUUCAGACCGGGUGUAUGGAGUAACGAUGUCACGGUUCAAAUCAGCUGCUGUGUCGUUCGUGACGUUCUUCUUCCUGAUUCUGUGCAAAGCUGAGGGAGCAGCUGCGCAUGUGAAGUUGGCUGAAACACCACCGCGAGGAUGGAACUCGUACAACUCAUUUUCGUGGAUCGUCUCAGAAGCAGAAUUCCUCGACAAUGCUAAAUUCGUCUCCCAAAAUCUUCUCAAGUUCGGCUACGAGUAUGUGGUGGUGGACUUCUUGUGGUACCGCAAAUUUGAAUUGGGUGCAUCAGUGUGGUCAGCCGGUCACGACGUGAUCGACGAAUGGGGUCGUCCAAUUCCGGAUCCCGGUCGCUGGCCGUCGUCUCGCGAUGGUAGUGGCUUAGCUCGCGUUGCAGAACAAGUGCAUGCUAUGGGUUUGAAAUUUGGGAUUCAUGUGAUGCGGGGAAUCAGCAGCGCUGCUGUGGAGGCGAACACUCCAAUCUUGGGCGCCAAGGGCAGUCCGCACAAUACGAGUAGGCGGCCAUGGCUGGCUGCGGACAUCGCAGUCCCGGGAACGGCGUGCAGAUGGAUGUCCUGCUGCUUCAUGGGCGUGGACGCGACUUCUGAGGGAGGGCGCGCUUUCGUCAAAUCUCUCUACGACCAAUACGCAUCAUGGAGCGUAGAUUUUAUCAAGCACGAUUGCGUCUUCGGUGUGGAGGACUUUCGCUUGAGCGAGAUAGAACUUGUAGCGAACAGCAUUGCAGAAACUGGAAGGCCUAUUGUGUACUCUCUGUCGCCGGGUGUGCAGGCAUUCCCGGACAUGGGCAGGGAGGUAUCAAGCUUGGUCAACAUGUAUCGUGUGACUGGAGACGACUGGGACUUAUGGUCGGACCUGAAGACGCAUUUUGAUGUUGCCAGAGACUUUGCAGCAGCAGGAUUGAUAGGAGCUACGAAUGCACGAGGCCGUUCCUGGGCAGACCUGGAUAUGUUGCCGCUAGGAUGGCUCACCGACCCUGGUGCUCCUGUUGGCCCUCAUCGAUGGUGCAAUCUAACUCCAGCUGAACAGCGCACGCAAGUGUCUCUUUGGGCGAUAGCGAAAAGCCCCUUGAUGUACGGUGGGGACUUGCGGGCCAUGGACAGUGCAACCCUGUCUUUGAUCACGAAUACUCGGAUGCUGGAGAUCAACGCUCAUAGUGUGGGAAAUCAUGAGCUUCUGAGUAGGUCGCCUUCCCACUUUGGAUUAAGUGAAUGCAAGAACACCAGUCCACGGCGAUGGUCACUCAGGCCUGGACCUCAUUCCAAGCACGGCUAUGAGGUCUGUUGGACUAGUGAGGCGCCGAGUAAGAAGAUGUGGCGCCGGGGUGGGGAUCCACUGCUUGAAUGCUUUAAGUGGACUCCCUUUACAAAUGGGUCACAGGAAGUCACCACCUCUUCUAACCUUGGCUUCAUUUCGUCACCCCGCGACCGAAGUGGAUGUCUUGCUGCUGACGUCCUUGGAAUUCCGAACAGCGACGUGCAGCAAGCAAGGAUGUCUGAGAGUGCAGGAUGUAGUCGUGGAGAACCAAAUCAGUUAUGGCGAUUGACACUUGACGGGGAACUUCGGAACGAUUACACUGGUUUCUGUGCCUCUGUUGCCGACACCGCUGGGGAACGCAUUUGGGUGGCAAGGCAUCCUUCAGAUAAGGUAUUCUAUGUGGUCUUCUUCAAUUUGGAUGCCAAGGAGGCCCAAAUGUCAGUGGGUAUUGAUACAGUGGUCCGCAGAUUCGUGCCGUCUCUCAAGUCAAGAACGGUUUUCUCUCGGUUUCACGAAAUAUUCCCUGAUGCAUGGUCGUAUCUUGCUCAGAUGUGGCGAAACCCUCCUAGACGUGGAGUAGUCGCAGAGAACACCUACUUGGUCUGCAAGGCUGUCGAUUUGUGGGACGGACGUGAUCUAGACGUGGUCGAGAAGUCUAUCGGUGCUAUUGUGGAAGCGCACGGUGCCGCUGCGUUUGCUCUCACUUGUGCAGGCCUCUGAUCGACAAAGAUGAUCUCAAAUAUUGAAAUCGUCUUUGAAACAAAUGUAAGCAAAGUGCAACCUAUGAAUCAACAAGGCUUCGAGUAACCCUUCAUAGGA